AUGGGGGCUGUCUCCACAUGUGAUAUUGUGGUGCGACUGGCCGAACCGCAUGAAACGGAGGAAUUCAUCGAGGCAUCUAUCGCAGGAUUCCAAGAUAAUGGUCGUUCCCGAGAUCUUCUCGGAGCCCUUGCAGCGCUCGCGAUUCAAAGAAAGGAUAUGUUGUUUUUUGCUGAGGCGAAUGGCCAACUUGCAGGGACAGCGGUGAUGGCAACCAUGGACACCCCUGACGGUACCGUCGCGCAUUUUUACCUGGACAGCACCAUUCCUAGGUUUCGAGGACAGGGAGUACACUUGGCCUUAAUUCAAGCCCGAUUACGAGCGGCGCAUCAACUAGGACACUGCUUGGCAACUUCCAUUACUCGAAUUGGAGAUGGGAGUGGUCGGAACGCAGAGAGGGCAGGAAUGAGCGUGGCCUACACAACCCCGAUCUUUAAUGCGCCCCAUUGA